CAAAAUGGCGAGGACUAAUGGUUUUAUUUGAGCACUUUAGACACCUUUAUACGCUUUACACUUUUAUUUUUUAUAACCCAGUCCGGUAACUUAUUAAUUGUUACAACAUGUGUAGUCGGACAGUUUGACUUCCAAGUGAGCAGAGCUUCGGAGAAACUGAAACGGCUCAAAGUCCUUUAACCUGGUGAUAGUCUGAAGACUGGUUGAAGUUCAGCUCUGCGCUUAACCUCUCCCUCACAUUAAAUUAUGAUUUGUCACCGCUACUACAGCGGGAUACAGCCGUAAAGCGUUACGGCUUAUAAUUUGUUCUUGUACUGUAUAUCCGUUGAAGCAGAUGCUCUCACCCGUUUAAGGAGAACUAUCGGGGGACAAAAACCUAAAGCUGAGAUCUAAUAUAGCGAUUUGAAUGAUGGAACCAGCAGCGAAGCAGAAAGUGAUUUACAUCAUCUACCUCAUCGCAGCGCUGGACAUCACCUGGCUCUUCCUCCAGUUCUCCAUAACACCGUAUUUGGCGAGGAGGCUCGGGUUCGAUACUAUUUGGUUCGGGUAUCUGCAGACCACAGUUGGAGUGAUUCAGCUGCUCGGAGGCCCUAUUUAUGGAAGGUUUGCAGAUGUGUUCGGAGCACGCGCAGCUCUCUCUGUGUCUUGCUUGGCAUCAGUGGUUUAUUUCCUACUGUUAACAGUGGCAGACAACACUUUUAUGCUUUUCGUGCACAAACUACCUGCUGUUUUCAUGCAUGGACUACCAGGAGCUCAGAUGGUGGUUGCAGAUCUGUCAGAGAAUGAGAAGCGAGCAGAUGCUCUUGGGAAACUCGGCCUCUGCUUUGGCAUUGGCAUGAUCGCAGGAUCAUCACUGGGUGGGACCCUCAGCACACGCUUUGGGGAAAAGUUUGCAGCAUCUUUUGCGGCUGUCGGAAGUUUUGUUUCUUUGCUGUUGGUGUUGAACUUCAUCCCUAAACAGACUAAAAUACAAACCAUGCCAGAGAGUAACAAGAAGGGAUCAUCAAAUUCCGUGUUUAAUCUGGGGGAGAUCACUAGACUGAUGAAGUUUCCAGGUGUUGCAAAGACUUUUACAGUGAAGAUUAUUUCUGGAUUGCCAGCAGGUAUAUUUCAAGUUAUGUUCUCCAUCAUUGCCAUGAACUUCUUCCAACUGAAGGCAGAGCAGAAUGGCUAUCUGAUGGCUUACUUUGGCAUAGUACAAAUGGUAAUCCAGGGUGCUGUAAUUGGGCGUCUUACGUCUAGAUUUUCAGAGUAUUCUUUACUGCUGCUCUCUGUUGGGAUAUCCAGUUUAGUGGGCCUUGCACAGGCUAUGAUGACCAAUGUAUUUCAUUUUUGUUUAAUCGUAAUGCCGAUGAUGUUUUCUCUAAGUGUCUUCAAUGUCAUCACAGAUAGCAUGUUGACCAAGAGUGUGUCUCCGUCUGACACAGGAACCAUGCUGGGUCUGUGUGCGUCGGUGCAGUCUCUUUUGCGAACUGUGGGCCCAACCAUUGGAGGAUUCCUCUAUGAGACAUACGGUGUGCCAUCCUUCGGAUACAUCCAGUGUGUCAUUAAUGCUGCUGUCUUUAGCCUUCUACUAGCCACUGGAGGGCGCUCACAGCCACACAGACCAUAAACAUUGUGAAAAGGGUUGUUUCAUGGCCACACUGUAUGACAGAGGGCAGUUUACAACAAACCAUGGGCAUUGAACUUACCUCCUCGCACACUGGGGAAGGACUUAACCCAGCUGAUCUCAGUUUUGUUAAUACCACAAACAUUCAAAAUAUCUUAUGUGACUGUCAAGUUACUCCACUUUAUAUCACAGGUUAGCUCAGGAAGUUUCAUAUCUUAAAAAGGAGCUGGCAUGUAAAUGUCUACUGUAGGUCAGUAGAAAGAAGCGCAAUAUGCUUUUAUCUGUAUUAUAUUAUAGAGUAAUUAUUCAUUAUAAUAAUGUUGCAGUUAUAAGACAUCAUGAAAAAUAACAAAAUUCAAAAUAGAUCAUUUUGCAUCUGAAACUUCUUUGGGGUUUUUUUUUCUCUCUCUCCAUAUUUAUCUUGUUCUUCUGCACUGCAACUCCUGCCAAGUUCUUCAAGAUCCCCCAAACUGUGAGAUUAAAUGUGCACGUUUUAUUAUAUGACACUUGCUCUAAUGCUGGAUGGCACCCCUUUUCAAAUCUGGAGUGAAAUCUGUCCACUCUUUUCCAUGUUUAGCUUCACAGCACGUGCUUAUUAGUCCAGCUGCACAUGUUCACAUCACUGGUACAUAGAUUCUGACUUUUACUCUGUUCAUCACAACGAGGUGGAUUUAAGUUUCCAAAAAAUAUUGUUUCAAGAAUGUUCUUUAUUAGGCAGACGUUAAGCAGAACGCACUAACAGCUUCAGUUAAAAUUCACUUUGGUUGCAUCUUUUU